AUGCGUUCCCCAGAGCCCCCCAUCCCAUCCCCAGCUGAGGUGCUACUCUACAGCCAGUUCGGGGGCUGGGGCACGGGCAGCAGCAGCAACAACAACAGCUGCCCCAACAGCCCUGGAGGUCCUGGGGCCUCACGCCCCUCCCACAUCCACGUCCAGCGCCUAGCCCCCCGUCCUGGUAAAGAGGCGCGUCUAAUACUACCCCUGUCAGAGCUGGCAGGGUGCAGCUGUCCCCGCGCCCCCGCUCCCCCCUUGCUGGUUCUAUACUGGUAUCCCCCAGGGAGGCGGAGGAAGGGGGUGUCCAGGAGGAGGCAGGUGAGGGCAUACCUGGCUGAAGCCAGGGUGGAGGCUGAGAUGUGGUCCAUUGCUAUACAAUGUCUGCUCAGGGGAGUCGCCAUCACUGCUGACACGGAAAUCGGCAAACGUAUACUGCCCCGACCCCGAAGGCUGCUGCUAUUGGUGAACCCCUUCAGUGGGAGGGGCCUGGCCAUGCAAUGGUGUCAGACACACAUCCUGCCAAUGAUCAGAGAGGCAAACAUCAGCUACAACCUGAUACAGACAGAGCGACAGAACCAUGCCAGAGAGUUGAUCAAAGAGAUCUCCCUGCCACAGUGGGACGGCAUCAUCAUCGUCUCUGGAGACGGCCUGCUGCACGAGGUGAUCAAUGGUUUGAUGGAGCGUCCAGACUGGGAAGUAGCAAUAAAGAUCCCUGUAGGUAUCCUGCCCUGUGGCUCUGGAAAUGCCCUGGCUGGUUCCAUCAACCACCACGCAGGUUAUGACAUGUGCCUUCGGGAGCCUCUCCUCAUCAACUGCUGCUUUCAGCUCUGCCGGGGCGGAGUCAAGCCCAUGGACUUUGGUCUCUGUGACAACCAGCCCCGCCCCUUUCAAAAUGGCCACCCGGGUCUCCCCAGAAGGAUGUUCUCCUUCCUGUCUGUGGCCUGGGGCUUUGUGUCUGACGUGGACAUCGAGAGUGAGAGGUACCGGGGUCUGGGCUCGGCACGGUUCACCCUGGGCACUCUGGUCCGCCUGGCCUCCCUGCGCUCCUAUAAGGGCCGUCUGUCCUACCUGCCCCCCUCCAUAGUCGCCACAUCCCCAGACGCCAGCCCUCCGCCCCAGCGCAGACCCCUGUCCCGCAGCAUCACUGAGGGCCUGGAGGGCUUCUGCCGCACCCCCAUCCACCGCACCAGCUCUGACAUGGGCCUCAGCGAACAGAGGAGUCUGAGGAGGGUAGACACAGAGAGGGAGAGAGAGAUGGAGAGGGAGAGAAGGAGGGAGAGGGCCAGGGGAGGGGGAACGGGGGUGGUCAGGGCGAGUAGCUUGGCAGAGGAUAGAGAGAGAGAGAUGGAGAGGGAGGUGGGGAAGGAGGGAGAGGCGGAGAGGUCAGGGACAAGUUCGGAGUCGAACAAAGGGAAGAUUACCAGACAGGCUGUAAGGAAGAACUCUGCCCCCUCCAGCCAGAUAGCAAAUGCCUUCUUUAGCCAGCCCCUCAGCCAGGAGGCUGACCCUGUGUCUGGAGCCUCGUACAGGGCAGAAGAGAUGGAUCUGAACGGGACAUACUUCCAGAAAGAAGCCUACCCGCUGGACAUUGCCCGGGAGAGAGCCCUCACCAUAUCCUCUCCCUUCAGACACUCUCCUUUCUCCUUCAAGCCCAAAACGCUGGACCAGAACACGCCCCCUUCCUCCCCCUCCUGCGCCUCCCCCCACUCUUCCUCCUACCUCGCUCCGCGCCCCAACACCCCCAACUCCACCUCCCCUUCCCCGUCUCUCCAGUCCCCCUCCCCCUCCUUUACCUUUGACAUUGCCGAGCCUGCCGGGCCCCUCAAGAACCGCCCCCCCAUCUCCCUCCCCUUCAACCCCCCCAGGGAUGACCUCCUGCCCCCUUUGGACCAGCCCUUGCCCACCCGGGACUGGGUGACCAUCGAGGGGGACUUUGUGCUUGUGCUGGCCAUCUACCAGUCCCAUCUUGGGGCAGACCUCCAUGCCGCCCCCCAAGCCAAGUUUGAUGACGGGCUGAUCCACCUGACGUUUGUGCGGGCAGGGAUCUCCAGAGCCACCCUGCUCCGUCUGUUCCUGGCCAUGGAGAGGGGGGCUCACCUGUCUCUCAGCUCCCCGUAUGUGAGCCAUGUCCCAGCCAGGGCCUUCAGGCUGCAGCCCCUCUCCCCACGAGGAACACUCACUGUGGACGGGGAAAUGGUGCCCUACGGCCCGCUGCAGGCACAGGUCCAUCCCUCCAUGUCCCGGCUCAUCGUCGGCGACUCUGGAGUGAAGAUCACCUGAUUCUGACCAGGGAUUGGCUCAUUUGAUCGGCUGAUACGGCGCUCUCUCCAAUUAAUAAUCUCUGUUUCCAUCUGUGUUCAGAGAAAGAGGAGAAAAAAUCCUCUGAGAGACUGAAAAUAGCCUGAAUCAUUUCUGGGGUUUAGUGGAAGGGAUCACCUGCUGAGCAGCGCGUCGGGCAGCAUGCGAACCGAGGGAUUAAUAGAGAAUUUUUUUAACGGAUGAAAACUAGCUUUGUUGCACAGCUGUUGGAUUUCACUCCGUUUCCCCUGAGAAGCGUGAACCUGCAUAGCCAUGGGAAAAAAGAUAGGGGAAAAACAAGUUGAAUGUGUAUGGGGGAGUGUGUAUUCAGUGCACGUGUGUGGUGUAUACAUUCUAGUAUGCACACAUGGCAGGCAGAGAUGCACAUUUCCUGACCUUGCCUUACAGAGAUGGAGAACAAAGAAAUCUGAACUAUCAAAGCUGUCCUAGAACCGUUCUAGCUCUAAAUCAGAACUAUCAAAGCUGUGCUAGAACUGUUCUGUUCUAAAUCAGAACUAUCAAAGCUGUCCUAGAACCGUUCUAGUUCUAAAUCAGAACUAUCAAAGCUGUCCUAGAACAGUUCUAGUUCUAAAUCAGAACUAUCAAAGCUGUCCUAGAACCGUUCUAGUUCUAAAUCAGAACUAUCAAAGCUGUCCUAGAACCGUUCUAGUUCUAAAUCAGAACUAUCAAAGCUGUCCUAGAACAGUUCUAGUUCUAAAUCAGAACUAUCAAAGCUGUCCUAGAACCGUUCUAGUUCUAGAGCUACUUCAGAGGGAGCCACACCCUCAUGCAAAUGUAGAUCCCGUUCCGUUUUGGAUCCUCCGUCCUUCCCUGUAAUGCCUUUAAGUACAACUCCUGUGACUUUGCCCUUUCUGUCUUAUAUAAGAAGCCUAAACCUACGACUCUGCAAAUCUCAAUUCACCAGAGGAGGCUGGUGGGAGGAGCUAUAGGAGGACGGGCUCAUUGUAAAGACUGGAAUGGGGUAAAUGGAACGGUAUCAAACCCAUCAACCACGUUAUUCCAUUCUUCCAUUACAAUGAGCCCAUCCUCAUAUAGCUCCUCCCACCAGCCUCCUCUGCCAUCCAGGUAUAUCAGAGGGGAACGUCCACUACAGGAAAAACAAAGCAAAGCUGCUGAGCAUACUGUGGUGUCAGUUCAGUGUGUAUGAAAUAUCAGUGAACAGAGGAGGUUUAUUAGCAAUCCCAUGGAGACAAUUACUCCUAGAAUAAGCCAGUAAAGUUGGAUCAACAUUUAAAUAAAUAUAAAGCUCAUUGAGUCCUUAUUCACAGGUAUUCCACAAUAGUAGGAUAGAUGGGACUGUUGAACAGUAGCCAUCAUGGUGUAUAGUGCAUUUGCCUGUUUUUCUUAGCAAGAAGGGUGCAUGAUGAUGAUGACGAUCUAGAUUAUGAAGUUGCAACACAGUGAACACGAGACUGUUGCUUGAUCGAGUUUCUUGUAUGUUGUCACGGAAUCCUCAAAGUCUCACGAAGACCCAGAAUGCUGGUUGUAUUCAGCAAACAGUCACUUGUUCCACACGUGUAAACUGCCUUUUUACAUACCUCUAAGUCUGUUUUAAUGUAUAUAAUUGUGAAUCGAUUCUGAAGUGUUGUGCAGUUGCAGAAACUCCACUCGAUUUGACCUUUUAGAUAAAGAUUGCUGUUGAAAGGAACAAGUGAACUUGUCUUGCUGGUGUUAUUUACUACAUGACAAGCAGAUAAAGUUUCCAUAGGAGAGUUUUAAUCUUCCUUUACGGACAACAUAAACUCAGAAAAUGAUUGAUUAGCUGAUCACUGACAAGGCUGUGCCUCCCAACUCAAAUCAUAGCCUACAUUUCAGAAAUGGCUUUCUCAAUGGGAUGUAGCCUAUAUGUAGUAUGUCUGUUGAACGGGUGUUUUAGUUAACCUCAAAAGUAUAGGAUUCUUAUGUAUUUGUGACCGGAACAAAUUUAAUAUGUCAGGAAUUUAAUCUCAUGAGCAUGUAUCAAUCAGUUAUGCCAUGUUUGACUGCUCGGGUCUGUUUGGUCCACAGUACCCCCUGGCCCCUUGAUAUGGAUUAGUCAUGUCUGCGUAAUUCAAGGCCUCUUGUGUUCUCUUGCCGGCUGAUUUUGGGCCCUGUUCAAAUACUUUUCAGAUGCAGCCUUUCCUCCGUUCCUCUGAGUAAUCCCUGAUAUCACAUGACUUGAUAGGUGAAGGCUAUGUGAUACAAUCCUUGCUGAUGCAGUGUUGCUGAUCAGUUAGUUUAUCAGUGAUUACUUUAAGGAAGGAAUGGAUCCAUUUUUAAAGUAUUUCAUUUCAAACGGGGCCUUGGUCCCUAGACCAAAGCUGUCCAUCCCUGGUCAUACAAGGUAAAUUGACAGGAUAUACACCAAGCUUCCCUCUUUCUAUGGCCUGAUGAUAAAACAUUUCACAACACAAGACUGGAUUGUGGUUCUGGGCUGGUGUCAGUGCAUUAUCACAUUUUUGGGAUAUAAUUACAAAACUAUUUACUCUCAAUUUUAAAAGACUCGCUGUGACAAUUGAAACCUGAUGUACUGCUCAGUGUCUGUGACCAGGGUUGGGACAACAAUGUGUUAGAGCAAUUUGAUAUGACAAUGUUGGGGUUUGACUAGGGUUGCAAAAUUCCGUGAACUUUCAAUAAAUUCCAAGGAAUUUAUAGAAAUUUUGCAACCCUAGGUGUAAACCCUUGAUAAUGCCAGUAAGAUGUAUUGUCUAUAGAUGGAUUUGCCUGUGAUAAACUUGUAAUUAUUACUAAACAAUUAAAAUAUAUAAUGUACAGUUCAUAGUUAUAAAGUGUUUUUAAAAAUGUUUUGUUUUACCUUAAAAUAAUAAAGGUAUCUUAGACAGG